CCGAGCUGCCCUGCCCCAACGCGCCAACACGCCAACGCCCAUUUGGAGGGUCACAAAGCCCUAAUCGUCGUGAUGCAGUGCUCACCCGAACCUCUCACUUCACUGGGAGAUUUUGGUCCUACGAUGGACGAGUCGUCGUCUGAGGUCGAAGUGAAGGUUUCGGAAGAUGCUUCUCUCCCGAACACAGAGGUCGCAACGAAGGUUUCAGGUGAUACAUCUCCAUUGAACACAGAGGAAGUUCAUCUAAAACAAGAGGAACUCGUCGCUCUCCCAAACACAGAAGUCGCAGCGAACGUUUCAGGAGAUACAUCUCCAUUGAAUACAGAGGAAGUUCAUCUAACACAAGAGGAACUCGUUGCCAAAGCAAUAGCUCCAGUGAAGAGAGAGUACCUUCGACCACGACCCGUCAGACCUAGCACCAAUGGCGCUACAGAUGGACGAGUUUCAGAACAGAAGUCUAUUUCUUCUUACGUGGUGACGGAGAAAAAGAAGUCGAAGAGACAAUUGAAGAGAGAACGCCGUCAGGAGCAGAAAUCUCCGCUACAUAUCUGUCCUGUGGUUGCAAAGACUGGGACUGUCAGUUCAUGUCAGUAUGGUGACAAUUGUCGCUUCAGCCAUGAUUUGGAAGCCUUUAAGGCUCAGAAGCCAGCAGAUUUGGAGGGAAAAUGUCCUUUUGCAAGUCUUGAAAAGCCAUGUCCUUAUGGAUUGGCUUGUAGAUUUUCAGGUUCACAUAAAGGUGGUGUUACUGCAGAAACCUCGGGCAUCCAGGAGACGAGCUACGAAAUGAAUGGACUGAAUAAAGAUGUUCAGAAACUCUUAUGGAAAAAUAAAAUGUGUUUUUUCAGGGCUGAUGCUCAGCUGAAACGUCUUGAGCUGUCGGGUCAGACCAAUUCAAAGUCAAAAAAUGUUGAAUCUGAAAAAAAAUCUGAUCUAGAAGUUUUGAAUGGGUCUAUUGCUCGCGAUAAAGAUAAUAAGAAAGAAGUGGGUGAUUCUGAUAAAGCAACAGAAUGCACUCCAAAGGUUCCACCAGAACAGGUUGUGGAUGUUGAAAGUGAUGACCAUCGACCCCUAAAGAAGGCGAAAGUCCCAAUUGAAGAAAAUUGUUGCUUCAGUGAAGUGGAUAAUGGAUCAACUCUUCCAGGUAAUGAUUUUGAAGAAAACAGCGUACAAACUGAAGCAGAAACCAAGCCAAGUGAUGACUCUCUCACAGAAACCGAUAUGAGCCUGAAAUUGCACCCUCGUGAAAAGAAGCUUAUUGACUUCAGGGGGAAGCUGUAUCUUGCACCGCUGACCACUGUUGGGAAUCUUCCUUUUCGGAGGGUUUGUAAGGUAUUAGGGGCAGAUAUAACAUGCGGUGAAAUGGCGAUGUGUACAAAUCUUCUGCAGGGGCAAGCUUCAGAAUGGGCAUUAUUGAGGCGGCAUUCAUCUGAGGAUCUGUUUGGUGUACAGAUAUGUGGUGCAUACCCAGAUACUAUUGCACGUACUGUUGACCUUAUAGAUCGUGAAUGUACAGUUGAUUUUAUUGACAUAAAUAUGGGGUGCCCUAUUGAUAUUGUUGUUAACAAGGGUGCUGGCUCUUCUCUUCUUACAAAACCAAUGAGAAUGAAAAGUAUCAUACAGGCAGCUUCUGGCACAGUAGACACACCUUUAACUGUAAAGGUACGGACUGGUUAUAUUGAAGGGAGGAAUCGCAUUGAUCCAUUAAUUUCAGAUAUUGGACAGUGGGGUGCCACUGCUGUGACGAUUCAUGGCCGUUCUCGUCAGCAACGCUACAGCAAGCUUGCUGAUUGGGAUUACAUCUACCAAUGUGCAAGAAAGGCACCAGAUGCUUUGCACGUCCUUGGCAAUGGAGAUGUAUUUUCUUACUUGGAUUGGGACAAGCACAAAUCUGAUUGUCCUGAACUAUCUACUUGCAUGAUUGCUCGAGGAGCAUUGAUUAAGCCCUGGAUAUUUACUGAACUUAAGGAACAGAGGCAUUGGGACAUCAGUUCUUGUGAACGACUGAAUAUUUUGAAGGACUUUGCACAUUUUGGCCUUGAACACUGGGGUUCUGAUAACAAAGGUGUGGAGACAACAAGGCAUUUCUUGUUGGAGUGGCUUAGCUAUACACAUAGAUACAUACCUGUUGGUCUAUUAGAUGUUAUCCCACAAAAACUGAACUGGCGGCCACCCAGUUAUUUUGGUCGCAAUGACCUUGAGACGCUAAUGGCUUCUGAAUCUGCUGCUGAUUGGAUUCGAAUAUCUGAGAUGCUGCUUGGCAAGGUUCCUGCUGGAUUCACAUUUGCACCGAAGCAUAAAUCUAAUGCCUAUGAUAGUGCAGAAAAUGGGUGACCUUGAGACUGGCUGGUGCUAUCGUGGGUGAUAUUGCUCUCUGCUUUCAUGGCAGAGUGAUAUUUUUGGUCUUUGUUGCCCAUCCUAGUUGAAUACAGUCCUCACUAUACUCUUUCCAGCUGUAUCAUUAUGUAAUGGUUGCAUCCAAUUGUUUUAAUUUACAUUGGAACCCUUGUGGUGUCCAAUUUCUUGAUGAUCUCAACUUGUAAAUCUAUGUUGCAGUGAUCAGAUUCAAGCCUGUGACUAUUUCCAGGUCCUGAGGGUGAGUACGUGAUGAUGAGAUAUUUACAUUAUUCAAUUUUGUAUGACAAAUCUAAUUCACAAGGAAACAAGGGAUAUUUUGGUUUAAA